GAGAUCAUCAGACAAAGAAUAGCCACUUGGAAGUUGUUUGCUUUUUGUGGACGAGAUUUUCACCCCGUCUGACUAGGGCAACAAAAGAUUAGCCUACGGGCUUAAAAACUUGCUGCUCGCAAUUUGCGGGCCAAACGCUCGUAUGUCACAAACUUGCGUACUGAGCGGGAGUACGAAAGAGAUCAACACAGGAAUCGACAUGGCUUUUGCUUCCCUAAAUAAAACGUUAUCUUUGGAAAUCCUUUCGAUUAGUGUUCAAUUUUUGUUUGGUUUUUGGUGUAAUCUGUUGAUGGAACUAUAAGAAUGGAUAUGGAUGUGAAGACCACUGGUGGGAAUCAACAGAUUCCGGUCGUUGGCGUCGACCCUCUUUUUUUAACAAAGGGGAAGAUAUUGAUAUGAGACCGUUGGCUCAGGAUGAUCUGACAAAUCGUUCGUUCAGUCACAUUACGUUUACCUUGUUUCUGGAUGAAGGGGGAUCAUCCCGUGAAAUAAGCCUAAAUCACACAUUGAACCACAAUAUUGCAGAUGGUUCCGCUUUUGUAGCCGACAUGUGGGAUCCGUCUACGAGGGCGCAUAUGUGCAAAGUGGUCGAAUUAGAACAACUUUACGGAUGGAAAUGCUCCCCACCACAUACAUACUCGUUUCAUAUGUACACGAUAGAUCAAUAUCUCGCACACAAGCUGAGGAACGCGUGUCGUCGACUUACGGGUGGCUGUUUUGCGAUGACACCUCUGAACGAUUUUCUUCUAUUCAAGGAAUUCAUUUGUGUAAUCAAAGAACAGAUACGGAAAUGCCUGCAUUUGAUGCCUGAAAUCCGGCAGGAAUAUUUUCUGAACCCGCCUCUAUUACCCGAUGUCGUUCUCCUUCCCCACGAACUUCCACCUGCUCCUCAAUCAGACCUCACGAUUCAGACCAAAAACAUUGCACUUUUCCAGUGUCCCAGCUGUCCUUCGAGAUUUGAAUGUGAAAAUUUGCUAAACUCACAUGCCACAUUCCACGAACAACAUGCGAAGGAGAAAUUCAUAUGCUUCGUUUGCGAAACUAUAUUCACAUGUUCCGCAGCGUUGAAGAAACAUGCAACAUCAAAAAAACAUCAGACUAAUAUGAAAUACGUUAAGUCUAACAAUUCCUACACAUGUGGCACAUGUGGAAAAUGUAUAACAUUACUUCAAAAUUUGCGAACCCAUGAACUGCAUCAUUUAGGUGUCAAUUUCAAACGCAGAUUUUGUUCAGAGACAUUUCGGACACGAAAUAAGGUACGCAAACACGAAACAGAAAAUCACGGGUCUUUGCCUAGAUACGUGUGUUCUUCAUGCGCCGAACAGUUCAUAAAGUAUAAGGACUUCUCUGCACACGUAAAAACCCAUACUGCGACAAACUCAAAGGAAGUUAUCAAGGCGACCCGCAAUAAACCUAUUAUCACGUCUGGAGAAUCUAUUAAUGAUUUGGUUCCAGCAUCAGGACAAGACAAAUCAUGUGCACAGCCUGGAGGAAAAAAACCCAACUCGAAAUCGAAAUCUAUAGUUCUGUGGACAACCCCUCUCCACAUAACACCAAACAUUAAAGCGUCUGGACUGUCGAGGAAGUGUGCUGUCAAACCCCUUCAUCAAAAUAAUGUUCGAAAACCCGACAAAAAAUAAAUUUAUUUUUAGGUCCGGUAAAAACUCACCCCCAACUUUGAUACACUCCCUCAUAUCUUACCAUUAUUGAAUUAGUCUUUAUUUCCGGUUGAACUUUGUUAAACUAAUUUUAUGAACUAAUAAAACAUUGUUUUAAUUCAAUUCAUACGACUCAAUUGUUAGUUUUCACAUUUUCCCAUCUGCGUUGUUACUUUGUAUUUAGUUUCAUCGUUCUUGCUGACUCAUUCAGAGUCCUCGCCUCACUACUUUAUCACCUUACUUCCAUUU